GCACGCGCAGUUAUUAUUCCAUUUCCGUUGGUGUACGCCACUGCAAAAGAUGGAAAACUGCAUGAGCACUUCACAUUCGGGUUGUGAUGACGUCACCCCUCAAGACGUGCAGAGACUGAAGAUACUGGAGAGAGAUCAAGCAGAGCUCAAUACGUCACUACUGAGGUUAACAACGCAUUUUGCACAGGUGCAGUUUAGACUAAAACAAAUUGUGGCUGCUGAGAACAGUGAUAAGGAAGCACUGUUAAGGGAUCUGGAAGAGUUUGCCUUUCAAGGCUGUCCUAACGUUCAAAGUGUUCUAGACACAACCCAAGUGACAGAACAGAUGGGAGUUGCAGAGCAUGAACGACAACUAGAACAACAAAGACAAAAACAGCAAGAGCUUGUCGCACACUUACAGCUGCAGCUUGAAGACAUAGACAACUGCACAGAUCAAUCUGUGGGGUCAUUGGCUGUGGGAGAGGAGACGAGCAGUUUGGCUGUUAAGCAGAAGUAUAUUAUUGAGAAAUUGAAACGAGAUCUUAAUAUCAAACUGGAUGACAUCGAGACGAUGUCACCGGAAGAGUUAAAGGCGACUGUGGAUGCUGCAGUUGGGGCAGUGACACGUCCUGCAAGAUCAAAGGAGCAAACCAUUCAAAUGCUAAGAACUCAAGUUGCUGAUCUGGAACGUUAUAUAAGUUUCUUACAAGCAUCACCGGAUAAUCCUAACCUUCGACCUUCCAGCGACUUGCCUCAUUCCUCACGUCUCUCUUUAGUUAGUUCAGCAUCUGCACGAGACACAGAAACUGCAACGAGUACACCAACAGGACUACAUGUACCAUCUACAGGAACAGACGGUCCUUCUCCAGGAUUACAGGCAAUUCGAACAGAAGCAGGAAAAUUAAAAGUAAAGAAUCAUUCUGUUGGAGAGCGCUGCAUGUCUGUUAUGAAAAAAUCUUUAUCAGUUAUGCAUAUUGUUGCAACAACUCAGGCAGGUUUGUCAGGUCAACAAGUGCAGGAUAAACUCACUCGGUUGUCAUCAGAGAAGAAGCAACAUCCUAGUUAUGAGGGAGCAUUAGCUGCACUUGGUCUUGCUGUUGACAAUGUCGUUACGGUUUAUGCAUCACAAAGUGACCGUCAGUCCAAUGAACAGAGCAGUGAGAAUUGCACAGAAGUAGAAGCAGAUGGAAGUCCGAAAGUUACCUUACCACAAGUUGUUAGGAAAGAGUUAGGAAAUGCGUUGCUGGCGCUAUUUACACACGGACUCAUGAAUCAAUCUGGUAGCCAAUCGUGGCUUAAUUUUAUCGGCUGCAUUAGUGCAUCAUCUCGUCUUCUCCAAUCUGACAGAUCAACACCAUGGCACGUCUUCCUCCAUUACUAUCAUCUCAAACAAGGAGACGUUUACAAUGCAUCAACACCACGAACGCUGGCGAUGUCAUUCAAUGUGGACGUUACAGGUGGCAGUCCUGUCACAGCAAAACAGACGCUAUUAAGCGCCAUACAUCACGUAAAGUUGACACACGAGCCACUGAAAAAGAGUCCCGAUUCACAGUUUCGAUCUCUUAUUUGUGCAGGACUAAAUGAAGGACAACUGUCUGAGUGGUGUCAACUGGUUUGCAAGUGUAUUCCACUAAUUGAUGAAUAUUAUCAUCCCUGGAGUUAUGUGUCAGCAGGUUUUACAGAGGCUUCAUCGUUUAUGGAAAGACUAAGUGGUCUUCGUUUCUCUCUACCAGUAGAUCUACCCAUUCAACAGUUUGCUGACAUAAGAGAAGCAUUCAGUGAUCCAUUUUAGUAAUUAUGCAGGACACACACACACACACACAGACACACACACACACACACACACACACACACACACACAAACACAACAUACAUACAACAAACUACGUUUAUCAGUUGGGUGUGAAUAUGGAAAUAGUUUCUAUAGCAACUAAACUAUCGAGUAAUUAGUAAUUUCUAUUUGUUGUUUCUGGUACAAACUUUGAACAAAUUUUAUUGUCAUUGAUAUCCGCAGACAUAUCAGGACUGAGUUUCAUAAUAUCGAGUAGAAUUAGUCAUAUAGUGCAGAUAUUAUCAGCAAAUCAUGUAGCACGAAAGAAUGACAUCCUAAUACAAAUUGUUCAUAAAU